CUCAAACCCCAACAGAGAAUCCCCUAACAACUCCACCACAAUGGCAUUGCCGACGCUGCCGUGCAACCUCGACGCCCUGCCGACGGUGCAGGCGACCCUUCCGGACCACCUCACGGAGGAGAUCCUCCUCCGCGUCCCCACGGCCGCCGACCUUGCCCGCGCCUCCAUGGCCGGCCCGUCCCUCCGACGCAUCAUCGCCGAUCACUCCUUCCUCCGUCGCUUCUGCGCCCUCCACCCGCCGCCUCUCCUGGGUGUAAUCUCGUGCUCCUUCAUCCCGUCCGAGCCACCCCAUCCCUCCGCCGCCGCCGCCCGAGCACUCACUGACAGCGACUUCUCCUGCUCCUUCCUCCCCUCCCGCGAGCCGCCCUGGUGUCGCUGCGACUUCCGCGACGGCCGCGCCCUCUUCUGCGUCGUCCCCGACGACCGAGUGCUGGUCAGGGACUUCGCCGUGUGCGACCCGCUGCACCGGCGCUACCUCCUGCUACCUCCCGUCCCUCAGGACGUGUCUGAUCUAGUCUAUCACUGCCAACCUUUCCUUGCCCCUGCCGGCGAGGACGACGGCACUGGCAUUGCUGCAGACGCUUCCUUGAGAUUCAGGGUCAUGUGCUUGGCCAAAUACCAGACCCAGCUGGUCAUAUUCGUCUUCUCUUCGUCAGGCCCCCAUGCCGGACAAUGGCAGACCGUCGCAUUUGAUGGUUGGAGCACUCUGGUCGCAGGAAUCAGCGAAGAUGCGCGAUCCACCAUUUGCUUCGGAAAGCGCUACUACGUGCACAGAUGCUUCUGCUGGGCGAUACCUGGUAAUGGUAUCAACAAGUUGCUCAUGCUCCACAUUCGUACGAUGGAGUUCUCCUCCAUCAACCUCCCGCCUGGUACCCGGGAUUGUGAGGUGGCCUUUGUGGAGGCAAGCGAAGAGAGGCUUGGGAUGUUCACUCUCCACUUCAGUCCUGAAGACUAUGCAUAUCACCUCUGGUAUGCCAUUUUGGUUGGCAUUGGGGAUGACCCAAGGCAGUGGCAAACGGAGGAUGUAGUCCCAUUGCCCCAUGAUUACUGCUAUUACACCGUUGGUGUAGCUGGGGGAUACUUACUCCUAAAUGGGUUUCCCAAAAACCCGGAUAUGCGAGACCCGGACUGUUUUUCACUCAAUCUCCAGACUAUGAAGCUUGAGCACUUCUGUGGGGCUAGCUACGUGAUGCCAUUGCAGAGCGAACUGUAUGUGGGUUUCCCGCCAUCCUUGUCUCCACCAACUAUUUGAAGUGGGUUUAAUCUGCUGCAUAUGGUACUCAUUUCAUGUCUGCCUGGCUGCUGGCUGAUCAUUGCCAGGAACGAUGACACACACAUCAAAGCAAUUGCCUGUGUUUGACUUGUUUACUCGAGUCUUGAGUCCGGUCCUUGUGAUAGCAUACUGAUAGAGGCAAAGGUUAUUGAUGUCCUCAUCACAUACCCACAUGCUACAUGUUGGGCAUGUGUGCAACUUGAGUAUUAUCAUAUUAGAUUGGUCGGCUGACCUGCCUCUUAUAUAUUAGAUGGGGUCUGCAGACUGCAGUUUCUCUAGCUACUGUUAAUUUGCAUGCUUUA